AUGCAUGAACUACCGCGAGAUUGUGUCAUGGACGAGCUGGAUAAAGCCUUGAAUCGCAAGAGUGGAUUCAAGUAUAUUGCCACUGAUCAGUUUGAUGCCAGACAGCAUGUCCGACUACUAAGGACCGUGUCCCGCGAAAGAGAUGGGCCGCUCAGCUACAGUCUGGAGAUUGUGCCUCUCGAGCACCUCCGUGGCGUAAGCUACAAAGCGCUCUCAUAUACCUGGGGUCGCGCGGACUUAGUAGACGCGAUUCUUGUAGAUGGUCAAAAAAUUUUCAUCCGCCGCAAUCUUUAUGACUUCCUAGAAAUCGCCUCGGCGAAGGGGGAGCAUGGGUUAUUAUUCAUCGAUGCCAUCUGCAUCAACCAAAAUGAUCACAAUGAGCGACAGUCAGCUGUCCAGGAGAUGGCACGCAUCUACCGCAAUGCAGACCAAGUCAUUGGAUGGCUGGGACCUCUUGAACCGCCCGCGCUCGACAAUGUGCGUGCCCUGGUUCACCGGAGCCACCGUCCGGCUGCCUGGACAGCGGCGCAAUGGGAUGGCUUCCGAUAUCUCAGCUGCUGCCGGUACUGGAGCCGCGUCUGGGUUGUCCAAGAGGUGCUGCUCGCCUCAAAUAUGAGCGUCUGGUGCGGCGCCUUCACGUUUCCGCUUACACUAUUCGGCAUGUCCACGCCUACCAUGCCACGGGCGGAAAUAAGAGUUGACGACAACGGACGGCCUGCAAAGGCCGUGAGCGCGCUGUCGCUCCUCCGCAGCCCCGCGGAGACCAUCGUCACGCACAGAUCCCGCCUGGUGCAUCUACGGAAUCCGUACACAGUAACGGAAACGUUCCAAUCGCAGACGCCGGAUCUUCUCCAUGAGGCGGUGAGCAACUUCGGAAGCUUGGAAAGCUCAGAUCCAAGAGACAAGCUAUACGGGCUUCUUGGAAUCCUAGAUGAGCGAACCAGGGCGAGGGUGGAGCCGGAUUACACGAAAGGUGUGAGUCAUGCCUUUUACCAGGCGCUGAAGAUCGGCUUACAGGAGCUCCAUUGCGAUAGCGGGGUGGUGUCCUGCCCCAAGGAGGCGGCGCUUGGGAGGUACCUUGCAUACUACUGCGACGCACGCGAUGCGUUUGGCAUGGCGGACGGAGAGAGUAUUUCCCUUCUGCGGCAGGUUCUGAGCGAGCUUUGCUUCCAAACCGUCUUGGAGGGUGCUACGCUCGAGGUGCAAUGGCAGCAGCAGUUCGUAUGGCGUGAUAGCGAGCUCGUUGUUUUCCCGGACUUCAAGCGGCUACUCGCGCAGGCUGAAGAGAAGGAUGAGGAGCUGUACCCAAAAUGUACAGAUUUUGAGACACAAGGGCAAUUAUUCAAGUUCCACGCACGUCAACAUGGCUUGAUCAAGAGGCUGGGUGCGGCUACCUCGCACCUUUUGCAACGAAGAUCAAGAAUUGGGGGCAACUACCAUGCUCUUGGCUGA